GUUGAUAUAAAACACCAAGCUAUUUUUGUCCGAUUGAAUUUUCUUGCUGAUAUGAAUAAUUAUGGUCAAAUAACUUAGACCACCUAUGAGAAAUGAACACUGAGGAACAACAACUAAAUGUGGAUAUAUCGGAUAAUAUUAGUAUCAAUACAAGCGGUGGUUGUCUACAUUCAGUGGAUGGAAAUGUAGUGGAAUCAAUAGCAUCUUUGGGGUUUAGUAUUAUCAUCAUUGUUACCAUAGGAGGUAACUUACUUGUCCUAGUUGCUAUAUCUACAAAACAUAAACUAAGAAAAAAUGUAACUAACUGUCUUAUAGCAUCUCUAGCAGCAGCAGAUCUAGUUUUAGGAGCUAUAGUUAUGCCAUUCGCUGUAAUCGACCUUCUCAGGUCGAUUCAUAAAGACUGUCUUCCUAAAGAACAACAGAGUGAAUAUAUUUUAUGGCCUUUUGGACAAGACUGGUGUGAUAUAUGGCAUGCAUUGGAUGUCCUUAGCUCAACAGCUUCAAUUUUAAACUUAUGCGUAAUUUCUGUGGAACGUUAUAUUGCUAUAUCUGAUCCAUUUAAUUACCCUUUACGUAUGACACACUCACGAUGCAUUCUCAUGAUUAUGCUAACAUGGAUAUGUUCAGUGUUAAUUUCAUUUCCGGCUAUUGCCUGGUGGCGGUAUUCAAGUAAUAUAUACAAUGAUACUGAAAUCAAUGCUGUAACAAAUGAAGAGUGUUUAUUUUCAUCUGAUCGAGUUUACUUAUUCCUUUCAUCAUGCAUCUCAUUUCAUAUACCACUGAUAGUUAUGGUUUUUGUUUAUUGGAAAAUUUACCAAAAAGCCAAUGGUCUAGUUAAAACACUGAAUACUGGCAAAAGACUGAUUUACCGAAAAUCACUCGGUGGUGAAGUUAUGAUAUUAAGAGUACACAGGGGUGGUACAACUAAAUCAUUACCAUCUUCAUUACACAGAGGUAUACUGACGAAAACGUAUAAAAACACUGAUACCCUAUGUUCAACAAACUCUACCAGUAUUUCAAACAAACGGAUUCCUUUGUCAAAUUUUGAGGAGAAUAUGGAUACUGCUAACAAUCAGGAGUUGCCAGAUUCUGAAAUAACUGAUGAUAAAAAAAUAGUUAAACGUGUAAAAUUUAAUCAACCAAAAGCUGUUGACUUAACCGAUGAACCAAGUACUCAAUGCACAUUAUUUUGUGGUUGUUACAAGAUUAUAUUCAACCGAACUAAUAUAAGCCAACCAAUAAUACCAAGUGAUGAUAAUGUUUCAGAAUCAGCAUCAAAUACAAUACAAAAUAUUGAAGAGGUUGGGAUCACAUCAAGAAGUUGUCUAACUGAAAUCAAAAAACGUGUUCAGCGAUUUACUAAAGAACGUAAAGCAGCUAAAACACUUGGAAUUGUAAUGGGUGUAUUUGUUCUGUGUUGGUUGCCAUUUUUUGUUUAUAACACCAUUAAAGCUAUUUACCCGUCAAUUUUAAAAUCUAAAGAAAAUAUUAUAUUCCCAUUAGUAACAUGGCUUGGCUACCUUAAUUCAGGUGUCAAUCCAUUUAUCUAUGCAUAUUCUUUGCGUGAUAUUCGUAAAGCAUUCGGUGAUAUUCUAUGUUCACCUUUUAAAAUAAAAUUCAAUUCAUGUCGACUGAAACAACGUUAUUCUAGGAAUCACUCUACACCACAGUAUACCUGUGAGCCAGCAGACGCUUUACAAUCCGUGAAUUAUAUGACUACAGCGUCACAUUCAAAUGGUACAGUAUCAUUCACAGACCAGAAGAGUUCAGAUGAACGUUGUGAAAACUUUUCAGUGCAGUAACACACUGUGGAAUCGACACAUUAAUGACACUUAACAACUUGUGAAGCAUAGAAUCAAGUACUGCACCAGACACUUUUGCUCAAAACAUAAUAACAAAUAAAUGACUUUUAUUCCUAAAACUCUAUUCAUAGAUGGUAAUUACAAGAUACUACUUUGGAGAUAUAUAAGUGCAAUAAACAUGAAAAGAUGGAUUAUUUUGCUCUGUUUCUAAAAGGUAGCUUUUAAAAAGGAUUUGUAUGUACACUAUACUAAUCUAUGUGGUGAGUAGGUUGAAAAAUUUCACGAGCAUUUAUUCUCUCACCGUAUCAAACUUCUGGAGUUAGUAAUUUAUUAUGUAUUAUUGUUAUUAUUACUAACUACUAUACUGUAAUUUCUGUUAUCUAAAUAGAUUCAACUAUUUCAUAAAUGAAAACUUUAUGCAAAGCAAUCUUUAAACCAUUAACAGCAACUGAUUGCACUUAUCGUUGCUAAGUAACAAAGAUAGCGGUCACUUUAGAGUUUAUUCAGCCAUUUCCGUUGUUACAAACUGAUCAUACUUUGAAGGCUACGGUUCUUAAGUUAUGAAAUACAAAAAGUAUCGAAUUUAUUGACAGAAUUAACAGAACAUGUGUCAUAAACUUGUCCACUUUCCAGACGAGCGAAGUAUAAUAUAUUAUGAUGACAUAAAGCACUUUAGGUAAAUUCCGUUAACCGUCACUAUCAUUUAGAUUUGUAGUUUGUUCGUUUGUCGGUACUGAGUACUAAAAACAAGACAGCUACAAUGGAUGCUUACUGGUGACUAACUGGUGUGCAGAAUUCAACUCAAGCGAGGUUUAGUAACGUUGUGAGUUUCUUGGUGUUUGAGUCUGCGACAUCGACAAUGAAUGACCCAGGUUAGAUCUUCUGAGUUUCUUCGUAGCUGUAGAUAAGCUUUGCUGUUAAGUUCAGAAAAGCAAGUAACCUAGAUACAGCACGGUUAUUUUUCUUUCAUUGACACUGAAAAGGAGUGUGAAGAUGUUUACCAUAUAACUGUGUCCAUAAAGAACUUUUUUAAAUUAUAUUUCUACAGCCAUAGCUAAAUUAGUAAAGAAUGGUAAACAAAUCAUUUAAGCAAUAUGUAAGUGAUGAAAUUUCUGAGGAACGUAGGCUUAUUCUACCUAAUCUAGCCUCUGAUAUUUUUUCUCCGCUCGAUAAAUGUGAUCUUCCAGAAGUAACUGCCAUUUAAAACUAGUUUAGAUAUCCUGCACCGAAACUAGAAUAGGUUAUAAACAUUUAUAUAUUUCAUUUACACUUUGAAAAGCUAACAAAUGAAAGAGAACAUGAUAAAGUUGACACAGUACAAAUGUUUUUGUGGUUUUCCUUGUGCAGUAACAGUCCUUAUCCUUUGUUCUUAUACAACUGAUUAACCAAUGCAAUUUACGCAGUAUCAAAUACAACAAUUGGCAUUGAUUCAAUACCUUGUUUCAAUGUCCAUUAAUGUAAUAACAAGUGAAAUAUUAUGGUUCUUUAACAACUAGAGAAACCUGACAGUAAAGUUUGAGAUCGCGUAUGUGACUGCAGAGAAUUUUUGUAUCACAUAAACGAAGGCUGUUCUUAAGAGUUAAACUAUGCUAAUCUGUUAAAAUCUGUUACAAGCUAAAGAAAUCAGGUUCCGUGCGUCAACUCAUAGAGGUAUACAUUCAUAUAAGAUGCAGUUACGCAUAAAACACUUGAAAUACAAUUGAAUAACCAUCAUUGGAAGUAUUCAUAUGUCUUUAUUGUUUGCUUGUUGUAGACAAGGUGAUUAAAGUUUGAUAGCAAUCUAUUCAUUUUGAUAAAAAUAGAGCAAUGAACAAUUUUUUCUCAAUAAGAUGACGUUCUUUAUUGCGCUAUAAGUACUUAUAACCAGACAAUUAUUUUUAAAGGCAGAUUAAGGUUGUCACGUUGUAUCAAUCAAAAGUUGUAGUUAUCUGAGAUAGCCUCAUCAAUCACCAUUCCGAUGCUCCUUUUCUUUAAUUCAUUUCACUUUCGAUAUGGAGAAGUCCUGGCUGGUUAGCUUACAAAGAUCAAAUGACAGUUGUCUAUCAGGCAAGUAUCCAAAUGAUGACCAAGCAAAACCCUUUGAAAUUUAAUUACAGACCCAGUAAGGAUCAGAUAGUAUAACAUCAAACUUGUCACUCAGGUGGUAGCUACCUUAAGUCAUACUGUGACCAAGGCUUUCGUUCAACCUUCAAUCAUCACUUUGUAUUGUUUAUAAAGCAAUUUUAUUUAAUUUAGAAUUAUUUAUCAAUACAGUUUCCGUCUUUACAAAUAGUGUUUAUGGGUCAAGAAGUUAAAGCAUACUGUAACAUGUAAAUAACAAUAUAACUAACGAUAAGAUGAAGUGAAGGAUUCUGAUUUCUUCUUCAAUGCAAAUAUGAAUAACUUCAUUCAAAGAUC